AUGUCUGAUCACCAGAUCGUCAUCAUCGGCGCUUCCUUCGCCGGCCUUACCGCCGCCCACGGUCUCCUGAAGACCGUCCUUCCAACCAUCUCAGGCAAGAAGUUCAAAGUGGUCCAAAUCGCCCCCAACGAGGAGUUCUUCUGGAAGAUCGGUGCUCCUCGACUUAUCGCCAACCCCUCCUCCCUCCCUUUCGAGAAGGCCCUCCUUCCAAUUGCCUCUGCCUUUGAACAGUACGGUCCUGAAAAGUACGAGUUCAUAAAAGCAUAUGUCACAUCGAUCGAUGCCUCCACCAAGACAGUCCACACCAGCACAUCUACUGCUGUUCGAUAUGACUCUCUCAUCAUUGCAUCAGGAACCAGCUUUGCCACCCCAAUCUGGAGUGUCUCUGAUGGCACCGAGGCUACCAAGAAUGCCAUUGCAGACCUGCAUCAGCGACUCCCUGCUGCCGAAUCUAUUUUGAUCGCUGGUGGAGGUGCUGCAGGUGUCGAGACUGCUGGCGAGCUCGGCGAACUCUACGGGACCAAGAAGGAAAUCACCCUCCUGUCAGGUACCACCAACCUUCUGGCCAGCCUUCAAAACCAGAAGAUCGGACAGAAUGCAGCCUCCCGUCUACAAAAGCAAGGUGUCAAAGUCAUCCAUGAUAGCGUUCGCGUGGUUGAGCACACCAAGGCGAAUGGCAAGGACGUCUUGAAGUUGAGCAAUGGAGAGACCAAAACAGUGGAUGUCUACAUUGAAGCCACGGGAGACAAGCCCAACACCAAAUUUGUACCUCAAGAGUGGUUGAACGAAAAGCAAAAGGUCAAGGCUGACCCUCAGACCCUUCGUCUCGACGUACCAGGCGUGACCGAUGUCUAUGUCUAUGGAUCUGUCGGCUCUUACUCCAAUGGCUCUGUUGUGGACGUCCAGUUCGCCAAGGGUGCAUUCCUGGAGAGCAUCCGCAGUGAUCUUUCGGGAACUGGUAAGUGGAAGUUUCAAUGUUACACAGACAGAGUCACUGACAAUAAUACAGCACCCGGACCUCGUACCAAGAACGUCUACAAGAAAAUUGCCAGCGACAUGAUGUUCGUGCCCAUCGGACCCAACCAAGGAGUUGGUGUUGCAUUUGGUUGGGGAGUCCCGAGUUUCAUUGUCAAAUUUGCCAAGGGCAAGGAUUUCAUGAUUGGAAAGGCACUCGCGACUGUUCAAGGCACAGCUUAG